AUGGAAGCCGCCAUGGCCAACGUCGACCUUGGGCGCUAUCGGCGAAUAGUGCAGAUGUUCUGGGAUCCCGAGCCGACCAACGAUGUCGCCCACGACCAACCCGUGUGGUGCCUCGGACACUCAUACAAGCUCAGUGACAGCAAAAGCACCAAGAACGACAACCGCAGUCCCCAGACACCGCCCCCAGCGCCGAAGCCAGACGCAGAGGCUCAAGACACCAGUCGACCGCCCGUCCCACCAGUCAACGCACCCGAAACCCCACCGGAAUCGAUAUCGAGCAGCUUCUCGUCAUCGCUAGCAUAUGAUGAACCAACAAAAGACAACGGCUGGCCGCCACAAUUCAUGGCCGAUUUCGAGUCGAGGAUCUGGAUGACGUAUAGGUCUGAAUUCGAGGCCAUCCCUCGAUCAACCAACCCACAAGCCACUUCCUCCCUCUCGCUAUCGAUGAGGUUGAAGAGCCAGCUGGGUGAUCAGAGCCCUUUCUCUUCCGACAGCAUGAUCCGUCUGGGCAGAGACUGGCGCCGAGGACAAUCACCACAUGAAGAGCGGGAAAUCAUUAAAUUGUUUGCCGACCACCCUAACGCCCCCUACUCCCUCCAUAGCUUCGUCCGUCAUGGUGCCAGCGCGUGUGGCAAGUACCCAGGCGAGUGGUUCGGACCGUCAGCAACUGCCCGGUGCAUCCAAGCGCUUGCGAACUCGCACGAAUCAUCACUUCGAGUAUACUCAACAGGCGACGGCCCCGACGUUUACGAGGACGAGUUUAUGAAGAUUGCGAAGCCAGAGGGGGAAGCAUUUCAUCCCACGCUCAUUCUUGUUGGAACUCGUCUGGGAAUCGACAAGAUAACGCCUGUCUACUGGGAGGCCCUCAUCGCAUCCCUACAAAUGCCCCAGUCUGACGACUGGCAGAAUUGGAAGCGAUGCGUAAAGCACGUCCAGGGCAAGUCGAUUAUCCACGUAGCGGAUCGAAGCGCGCUCCUUGGAGGCUCCAGUGAGGGUCGGGAGAGUGCGAUUGAUGAAGUGGAGACGCUGAGUGAUGAUGAUGAUGCGGACACCAUUCAUGAGGCCUAG